AUGGGUGCCCUUUCUAACAUGGAGGCUUUGAUUUUAAGAAAUGAUAAUUUGAGUGGACAACUUCCUUCUUCAUUGAAGAAUUGCUCAAACAAGUUGGCUUUGUUGGAUCUUGGAGAAAAUAUGUUUCAUGGUCUGUUACCUUCUUCAUGGAUUGGAGAUAGUUUACACCAAUUAGUAAUCUUAAGCCUCCAAUUCAAUAACUUCAAUGGAAGUCUACCUUCAAAUCUCUGCAAAAUUCCUUCCAGCCUAGCUCAUAUUGAUCGUCUCACUAUGUUGGACUUGUCAAAUAAUCGGCUCUAUGGGAAAAUUCCAAUUGGGACACAGUUGCAGAGCUUUAACACUUCAUAUUUUGAAGGAAAUUCUAAUCUCUGUGGAGAACCACUUGAUAAUAAAUGUCCAGGAGAAGAGCCAUCAAAACAUCAAGUGCCGACUACUGAUGCAGGAGAUGACAAUUCAAUAUUUUUAGAAGCAUUCUACAUGAGCAUGGGGAUAGGAUUCUUCACUAGUUUCAUUCACUAA